AUGGAGGAGCAGCUAGACGCCCUUGAAAUCGAGCUCUGCGACGUCAAGAUCGCCGCACAGAAGGCCGAAGCCAACGUCAACCCACCGGCUGAACGAGAGAUCGCUCAGCUGCAUGUUCAGCGUGUGCAGUUACAGCUCGACCGGCUUCGGAGGAUCGCCGCUGGAGAAAUCGGCGACCCGGUUCUUUACGACCUACAGCUCGAGCUUUUGGUCAAACGCAUCGAGUGCGCUACAUGCCUUGCUAAAGGGGCCCCCGAAACGGACGCCUGCAUCGCUGGCCUGGAGGUCGAUCGCGCCGCUCUACGGCUCAGGCAUUACCAAAAGCGCACGGUUCCCGCGUCAUCUUACGCGCCGUCUCAUGCCGCCGACGGCGCUACUCCUGCUCCCGGUUACGACGGUUUGCCUGCCGAGCAGAUUCGCCAUCUUACCUCAGCCCCAUCGGUCGAUCCUGCCAUGAACGCUGCAGCCUCCACUGUGGCCAGUCGCCUUCCUUCUCCGGUGCGACAGUCUCACCCUCCGCCCGAUGCAGGCGAGAACUCCCUUCCCACACUGGCCCCUGCUCCCGACAUCCUCUCUCUCAUCGACGGUGCCACCGAUGACUAUCACACCAAAGAUGACUUGGUUGACAGCGGUGACGUUGAGCAACAACUCAUUGGCGCAGAUGUUCUUCGUUCGUCGCCACUCGCUGUUGACUCUCCACGAUCCAUUCAUACACCCGCUCCCUGUGUCAUCGAUAUUGACGAUGAUGGGAACGCCCGUGACGUUACGCCGGCGGUCUCGUCGUCACCACACGUUGAAUGCAAGCCCAAGGCCGACACUCCAGACGAAGAUUCAGUCGCUGUAGACGACAACAAGUACGGCACGCCUUCCGAGUUGGCAUCACGGUCAUCGACGCCCACCAAGACGUCCUCGAAUUCCCUGCCCCGCACGGCUCGGACAACCACCGCGUCCACGAGGAAAAACGGCGGGCCCAAGGAACCCAGCAGUCACCCCGAGCGUUGGGCGUGUCGCGUGUUCAACUUCGGCGCUGGUGCGCUACGCGAGUCUGCCGAUUGGUCUCAAGAAUCGUGCCACCUUACUCGCGAUCUUUGGGUUUCCGUCACACGCUGGGAGUCCGUCCACGCUUUCGAGAACGGUGCCGUCAACGCGCCAGGUCUUCCAUCGAUCAUGAAGACGAUCGUCUCCAAAGCGCGAUUUGGGCCCAAGUAUCAAGACGUUCUUGGAAAAGAUCCCGACUUCCCCGCCAACGUCGGAAAGUGCCUUCAGGCGCUUCGCGCCGCAACAGUUUCGGAUGCGAUGAAAGCUUUCGGGGCGCAUGGCCUUGCAGCUGUUGCACGUGCACUACUGGAGUUACGCAAUGCCAACGACGCAUUCGACGACGCAUUCGUAUCCCUCGCGAGCGAGCUUAUCAAGAUCCUGGACGUGCUCGCUGAUUUCGCACUCAAUGAUAGCAACGCUGGCGCCGAGGACGAUACGGCUAGUGUAUCUAGCAACUCCAGCACGACGGUCUUUGCGACCCUUGAUGCGCUUGCGGGAUACGACAUCACUUCCGCAACUCUGGCGAUCGAAGAACUGCAAGGGCGCCAGAAACCGGAGAAGCCGGCCAGAAAGGGUCAUAAGCGACGUGCGUCGCAAAUGGAGCCCCCGCGCGGGAGCUCGUCAAAGCGCGCCCGCAGGUCGCCUGAUUCUGAAUGA